AUGUUUCAGAUUGCCCAACACGCUAGCCGUCACAGCGCUUCCAAACUUGGGGUUUCCUCUGGCUUCACCUUUGGUGGUCACUUUGCUCGUUCCUUCUCAUCCUCCUUGCUGAAAGAUUCUUACGAUAACUUGUUGGUUUCCAAACAUGCCGUCUCGGAAGACUCCGACAACCAAGUGGCGAUGAUGCAAUUGAAUCGUCCCAAGGCAUUGAAUGCUCUAUCGGAUGCUGUCUUGGACGAUGUCUUGCAUGCUGCUCACGUUUUGGAUAAAGACCCAACCGUUCGAUGUCUCAUCUUGACAGGAUCGGCAAAGGCCUUUGCCGCAGGUGCAGACAUUUCGGAAAUGAAGACCAAAAACUUUGAAGAUGCUUACGGAACUGAUAUGUUUGGUCACUGGCAAGAAUUGAGUCGACUUCAAAAGCCUCUAUUAGCAGCCGUUUCUGGUUUUUGUUUGGGUGGUGGUUGCGAAGUGGCCAUGAUGUGCGAUAUGAUUCUCUGCAGCAAAUCGGCCAAGUUUGGUCAGCCAGAGAUUAACUUGGGGAUUAUUGCUGGUGGAGGCGGAACUCAACGAUUGACCCGGGCCAUUGGCAAAUCAAAAAGCAUGUACAUGCACUUGACAGGUGAAUUCAUUUCAGCAGAAGAAGCCUACAAUAGUGGUUUGGUGGCCAAGGUCUUCCCAGACGAUGAACUUAUGGACGAAACACUCAAGAUUGCCAAGACAAUUGCGUCCAAGGGAGUACUGAGUGUACAGGCAGCGAAGGAAGCUGUGAAUGCAGCCGAAGAGUUGCCUCUCCAGGAAGGUCUGAGGUUGGAACGUCGCUUGUUUCAUUCAUUAUUUGCUACCAAAGACCAAAAGGAGGGCAUGGCGGCCUUUUUGGAAAAGCGGCCCGCAGACUUUAGCUAA